AUGUCUCGGAAUGACAAAGGUUCUGUGGGCCAUGUGGAAGACAUUGAGGUAGUCAACAUUGGCGAAACGGAGACGCACCGCGCUACCAAUGUGAUGGGCACGGUGAAGUUGACCGAAGGCAGCAUUGUGUACAUCCCGGCGCCGACAGCCGAUCCUCGGGAUCCGUUGAAUUUGUCCAUGCUUCGCAAGAUAACCAUCCUUGUCGUCAUCUCGAUUUUCUCAUGUCUCGGCCUUGCUCUUGUAUCGGGAUUCGGCGGCUUGCUAGGGUUUUACAUUCCUGGAUAUGAAGCCGCGGGGGUAGAUUACAAUGGAAUUACUUACUUGAUGACCUAUCCAACCCUGUUCAUGGGAAUUGGGAAUUUGAUCGGCAUGCCUCUGGCUAUUAGUGUUGGGCGUCGGAUAGUCAUGCUAGUCUCGACUGCAAUCCUUGCUGUCGGCGCCAUUUUAUGUGCAACGGAAAAGAGCUACGAGUGGCACUUUGGCGCCAGAAUCCUGGUCGGUCUCGCGGCCGGCCAAAGUGAGUCGAUUGUUCCCAUGAUCACACAGGAGAUAUUCUUUCUUCACGAACGAAGUAAAGCCCUCAUGGGUCAACAAGCUAUUCAAGUCAGCUUUACUACAGUGUGGGUUCUAUUCGCUGGCCCUAUCGCCGAGGCCAUCACUCCCCAAUGGUGGUAUGGUCUUGGUGCCGUAUUAGCCGGCGCUCUAUUUGUCGCUACUAUCUUCCUGUUGCCGGAAACUAAAUACGAGCGAUCUAUGUCGGCAUACCAAGAGGAGUCCUCGUCUGGUGAUGAGAUGGCCACGGAAAGCUCUACCGACGACAAACCAAAGUAUCCAAAGACAGCACCUUGCACGGAGCGCCCAGAGCUAGACUAUAUCAACUACGCCCCGCGCACAUUCAAGUCGGACUUGCGCCUGUGGAUCGGCAAGCCGGAGUGGAUCAAGUUAUGGGAAGUGCUCAAGCAAACUGCAGAGCUGCUCCUCUUCCCCAACGUCCUCUGGGCGCUUCUCCUCAACGGCCUGGUCAUUGGUGUCAACAUAGCCAUCGGCACUACAUACAGCACGAUCCUCUCCGCACCUCCAUACAACUGGCCGAACAGCAGUGCGAGCUACAUCAACUGUGGGCAAAUCUUGGUGGCCGUUGUCGCGCUGCCUCUCCUCGGGCAUGGCUCGGACUGGCUGGUCAAGUUCCGCGCAAAGCGGAAUAACGGACUGCACGAGCCCGAAACGCGACUGAUCCCACUCAUCAUUCCGGCCGUGGUGGGCACGUUUACAAGCUCUCUAUACGGUGUAGGGGCAGCCCAUCCAUAUGACUACCACUGGUUUGUCUACGCGUGGGGUGUUGCAGCAUAUUAUUUCUGCUUCGUUGGCGUCAAUAUUGUCACCAUCACGUAUCUGCUGGACAGCUACCCGGCACGGGCUGGCCCAUUGCUGGUGAUUAUCUGUGCUUUCAGAGGUAUCAUCUCCUUCGGCACCAGUUAUGAUACCGCUCCUUUCAUCGCUCUCCAUGGCUACGAUGGAACGUUCAAUACCUUUGCUGCUCUCACCGGGUUCCUCGCUUUGAUUGGCGUCCCGAUAUUUAUCUGGGGGAAGCGAAUUCGGGUUUUCACUGGACGGUUUGCUAAGGACAAGACCGAUUGA